AUGGCGGUCCCGCGCGCCCGCUUGCUGGAGCUGAUGAAAGCUCAAUGCCAGCUUUUCUCGACGACAUUCAACCCCGAGCGCGUCCGGACCGGCAACAAGAUCCUGCGCCAGAGGCUCCGAGGCCCUGCGCUUGCGGCAUACUACCCCCGGAAGGGCCCCGAUCUCCUCGACCUCCAGAGAGAAGUCGAUGAUCUCGGGUUGUUGGUGGACAACGAUGAGGCCGACGACCGGCUAGAACAUAUUGCGGCCCUGAAACUCCGCGGAAAGAGCGCGCCAAAGAAGAAGAAAGGCCCAUCUACAGAAUCCAAACACAAAUAA